AUGUCUUCAUCCUUGCCUCCAAGAGCAGAUGUUGCCUACGAUGAGAAACACGAGUUGACGGGUCAGUUAUCAGACUCAAAGACACCUGAUGCGCUCACGGGCUUGGACGAAGCACAGCCAGUGAAGACUCCCAUCUUCGCCUUCAAGCUGUGGACCUGCAUAUCCGACCUGAUCGAAUUGGACGCCCGCAUGCCUUGGUUGAGCGGAACGCUCUCGAUGCUUCAGCUCGGAGCUAUGAAAGGUCCAGGCCGGGUCGCCGCCCUAAACGGACCCAUGGACAGACGAACUCACGUCACACCGCAUGAGUUUCAAGUCACUUGA